AUUGAGUUCGGCCGGCAAAAGCAAAAUCCGCCGCGCCCAGUUUGACCCGAUCAACGUCACGCUGCUCGAAAACUGGAUCGACGAAAUGGACGAGCAUCUCGAGCCGCUGCGCAACUUCAUUUUGCCGAGCGGUGGCGGCUUGACGUCGUGCCACUUGCACGUCGCGCGGGCAGCGUGCCGCCGGGCCGAGCGCCGCGUCGUCUCGAUUGGCGCCGACGAAACGGACCCGGCCGUUGCGCCGCGGUCGACGAUGCCGCAGCGCUGUCGCCCGUCGUGAUCGUCGUCCCGGCGGCAGCACCGAUCCUCAACUUUCCGCCGGCCGGCACGCCCGUGCGCUUCUUCGGAAUCUACGUGGGCAACCGCGUCGACCCCGCGUACCAAGUGCAGCUUAUCUCCGACCGAUACACGGGAGCUUCCAGCACUGGGGCUACCG